GACAGUCGCGAGCGCCCGCCUCUUUUCGACAUUCAUCCGCAGCUUCUGUCGUAGUACACGUGGUGUAGGAAAAAUUCCACUGACCAGUCGCGACCGCUAAAGCUACAAUUUUGUCGCUGCGCUCUGUGUGUGCCUUUGCUGUUCCAUGGUUUUGUUGCCGCGUCGGAUGUAAUGUGGCUUGAUUGAUUGAAUCAACCGUACCGACAAUAGUAGUGCCCGUCGCUGGUCACUCCCGUAUGCCGGAAAGUACGAAUCGGCUCUGUGUAAGCAAAUGGUUAAAUACGGUUCACUAAAACAGUGCGUGUGUUGAUUGGAAGUGGAAAGUUUGUAGAAAAACGGGUGGAGAAAAACAAAGGAGGAAGUUCCAAUCGGCUUAAUGCGGUAGUGUGGUGUAGUUACAGCAUUUCAACAAGGAAAGCUCUGGAAGUGCAUUUUUCUAGUACGGCUUUGCUACGAGAACUUAAUCAGAAUUCAAUCCAUUCGUCGAAACGAACUGGAGAGUGUGUGUAGGCAGCAGCAAAAAUACCAUUCCAAGUGGAUGUGAUUAUCGAUUGAUAAUAACCCAAAAAAAAAAACGAAGCAAAAUCACACGUGUCGACAAGUGAGAUUCUAUUUUUGUCCGAUCAGCAAACGGGCAGACGCGUGUGGGAAGAAUUCCGUUCGUACACGAGAGAGGUGCAGAGAAGAAAAUCAAUCAAAAAAAAAAACCGGGCCAUCAGAUUAGUGUGAGGAACACCAUCAGCGAGUAACCAAGUUUGGCAAGGCCUACUACACUCGCGUUGCUGUAAACCAGUGACAUCCGGUAGCAAACAAGAUCGAUCUGUGCACAACGGUAGUGUUCCCGGUAUAGUAAUAGACCGUGUGUGUGCGUGCAGUUUGUUUUUUUUUGCAGUCCGAAACGGAAAAGCAAGCGCCCGUUCCAACGCAGCAGGCAGAUCGACGCAUCGUUUCCGGUAGCAACGAAAAAAACCCGUCUUCAUGUAUAAGUUCUUCGUGAAUUCCAGUGUGAAGUACAUAAUCAAGUAGAAUCGUGUUCUAACCGCCUAUACUGCGUCCGGCACAAAAGUGUCUCUGUGGGUGUGUGCGUGUGUGUGUGUGUGUGUUCGCGUUAUAUGCGUGUGUAUGUGUGUGCGUGUGUGUGAGUGAUAGAAAAGAAAGAAACCAAGCAAAAUAAAUUCACCAGUGUUCCAGAGGUGUUUAAGCCAAGCUGAAGAAGAAAAACCCCUUGCGAAAAGGCGGGUGAAAAGCGCCCAACACGUGUGGUGCCCAGUAUAAGGGUAGUUUUUGUUUGCGGUUAAUAAUAUUUCGGACAGCUUCGGGGCGACUACCGAGCGUCGCCGGCCCAUCGCUUCUUUUUCCAUUCCGACGUUACCUUCAACAACGGAUUUCAUGUGUAAAGCGGCAGCGCACGGGAAGAAUACGCUCCUGCUCGAUAACAACAAACGUGUCCGUUCGUUUUUCCGCAAACCACGCUACACGCACUUCUGCUCCGUCUGGUACAUCAUAGAGGGACGGUCCGGUACGAGGAAAACACCGCACGAUCCGUUGGUCUGUAUCGGCCGUACAUCCGCAACAUCCCGUCGGAAGCCGCUGCAACAUCAGCGCCGUAACGAGUCUAAUCAGCAGCACCGGUGGAAACCCGUACAAACUGUCCCGUAAAUCCAUCCCGACGUCCGUGUACCGGCGUUAUUCGAUGUACGAAGUGUAAACAGUUUUGUGCAUCGUACCAUUAUUGAGAGACUCAUCAAUAUUCGCCCAAAGAGACGCAUUAGCUCACAAGCAGCAGUACGCGACACGUUUGGAUCUCGCGUGUGAUCUCGUAUUAAACGUGUGUGUGGUUCUUCGCCUGUGUCACACCUUAUUUACGCAUCGUGGCAUUUCUGUGCGCAAGCUGCAGCUUUGCAGCUGAAUAAGUGCAUCGUGCCUAGCUAGUGUGUUUUAGUGCUCUCGCGUGCGUCUGAGUGCUUUCCAAUAAAUCGCAAAGUUUUCACCCAGAAAAAAAAUCACAAAAUAGCCGUGAAGAACAGCUUCCAUCUCGCUUUUUGUUGGUUGCGUGAUUAACGUGGAAAACCCAAGAUCCCGUGGUGUGAUCAUUUUCCAAACAUCCAUUGUUAAAGGAGUGCGGAGUGUUCCAAUCAUGGAAGCGUACUGGGAAGCAACGAAUGGUCAUGCACCGCAUUCUUUGAAAUAUGAGAGUGAGGCUGGUGGUCCUGGAUAUACGUACUGUGGUGAGCCUGGGUUGAACUUUUCCGCCAACAAUACCACCUACAGUGAAGAUGAUGCUGAUUUUCCACCCGGCCGGCGGGGCAAAACGUCACGGCAAGAUCCAUUGUCACAUCGGAUCAUUGAAAAGCGUCGCCGUGAUCGUAUGAACUCCUGUCUGGCGGACCUUUCGCGACUCAUACCGCAGCAGUACAUGCGCAAAGGUCGGGGUCGGGUGGAAAAGACGGAAAUUAUCGAAAUGGCCAUACGGCACCUGAAAAAUCUGCAAAAUCAAGAGUGCGGUCGGGAAACGUCAUGCGCUGAGCAGUACCGUCUCGGCUACAACGAAUGCCUGACUGAGGCGGCUAAAUUUAUGAUGCGUGAACGUGGCGAAGAGAUGUGUUUCCGUAUGGUGGCACACCUGAAGGAACAUUGCAACGAGAUUAUGAAGGGUGAGCUGACAAAGUCACGGUGCGGUGGCGAACUUGCAAACGGUGGUAGUCCCAUCUAUCUGGCCAGCGGACAGCUGGGUCAUUUGCGAGAAAUACUAACCUGCCCGUCGGAUCUCGAACACAGCAGCAAUGACCAUCAUGAUGUGAAGGAUCUAAGCUUCCGUAGCGCAACGAGCACAAGCAGCAGCAGUCACAGCAACAAUCCACCGCAGGCCGCCGUCAUUACGUCGACUGCACCGAGCAUUGUACAGCAUCUGGACACGUCGAGCAACCAUUCGACGCAAGAUUACGAUCCACCUUCGCCGCCGGCACGCAUGUGCUCUAAUGGUGGUGUCGGUGGGUUGCAGCAGGACACGAACAACAACAUCAACCAGCACGAGGGUGUCCUGCGUACGAUCCGUAUGCGAAAGUUCUCCGAGCACGCGUCGCCCGAACAUGAACAUAGUCACAAUAGCUACAAAUUUAAAAACUACAUCCAGCAACGGUUUUCGCAGGACACGCACGAAAAUGGACAUGGAGCGGACUUUGACCGCAGUCCCGUGUCGUUGCACGAGGACCAACAUCUGCAUCAACAUCCACAUUCGUUGCGAGCUUCGCCGCUGACCAAUGGUAGUAGUGGAAGUGUUUCGGGCGCUGAUUCUAAAUCUUCCAGCACGAGCACACUGACGGGGAAAUCGUCGACGGUAGCAUCGUCCUCGGAUGAGCCACUGUCACUGAAGCGAAAGCUACCGAACAGCGGCAGUAGCAAUGGGACAGAGUCACCGGCAGCUGGAGGUGGUUCGUUGGAAAAUGGAAUCCAUCACCAUCAUCAGCAGCAGAACUCUUCCGAAUGUGCACCAAUGGAGAAGAAAUUAGCGCUCGCCAAGAACGGUCAUUCGAUGGUUGCAUCCUCAUCCGUUACGCCACUUCCAGCGUCUGAGAUAAAGCACGAACUGCUAGCGUCGAUCGGUGGUAACGGUGCGGUGGUAGCUCUCGGGUCAAACACGACUCCAGGCUUUGCCCAUCAACAUCAUCAUCACCAGCAGCAACAGCAGCAGCAACAUCAUCACCACAGUUCCUACCAUCCGGUGCCGAUCUUUGCCUGCCAUACGCAGGGUUUCUAUAUUCCGUUGAAUGUAGAUUAUGAAACGCUGCUGCCAUACCUGAACGGGGUCGAUCUGCUGAGCAAAAGCUUCCUUCAGAUGCCUCCACUGCAUCCGAUCAGCAUCAGUGUGAACUACACUCCGGCCACACUAUCCGGCAGUGGCAGUAGUUUACUGAUGAAGGCAUCCACUGUCAAUGGUCUCAAUUCGCAAACGAAAGCCAAGCUGGUCGAAGGCAUCAUCAACGGAUGUUAGGAAGGGUGAACCAUAGCGGAAAGGGGGCAGGGAACACCGGUCACAUCACGAACAGUCCCAAUCGGUCAAUCCCGAAUGUUAACCUCAAGCUCCAGAAAGCUAUACACAGACAAACUUGAGAAGUUGAGAGUGCAUUUUCUUGUUCGUGGACAUUUAGGUAUCCCCCUGUGUCGAUGUCGUCGAAGGUGUGUUUUGUGUAGCUGUACUAGAAUAAUUAAUGUUGAUCGUACGCAGCAACCAGUCAGGGAUGGAUGGCGUUAGAGAGCGAAGAUUAGACGAAAUGGGAAACAAUUAUGAUACUAUGUCAGGUCGUAUCAGUGGGAGAACGUGUAACAAAACUAAUCAAUACCAUUGCUGCAGAAGCCGUUUGCGCAGCUUCGUAUAAGGUAGUAGACACAUAUUUAAACUCAGGUAAACAGUCUCCCUCUCUUUUCUGUGCUGGAGUACGUACAUGUACAAUUUGAUGUUAGUAGAUUUGCAAACGUAACUGCGUCCCCGUACUGUCCACGUCCUUUAAGUGUCUACUGGAUUGAAGCGACGAAACGAAUGCUUAAUGAGAAUGAGCGAAGUAGUUGCAAAGCAAAACGUUUCCUAAUCUUUACCGCUAAGCUGGAAUCACUUGUAAGGAGAAGAUGCGAUGAUUCUCACUCACAAUAAGUCGUGUCAGGAUUAAAGAAGAAAAGAAACGAUUCCCAUUACUGUAGCAAACGAGAAGGAUUCGUUCGUGCGUUUACUUAUGAUGUAGCCAAAACAAAAAUGAUCGUUGUUUAGAUAACUGUGAGGAAUGAAUGAGUUAGGCAGAUUUGAUGGUUUUCUUUUGUGUUUGUUUUCCAAAUGCCAUCAUCACCCCAACUACCACCACCAAUAAACACCACAAGCACCGCCUAGUCCUUUUUCCCUUUGUGAAGCGCUCUGUACGGAGCAAAACAUGAUUUUUAACGUCUAAAGCACACUUUAUUAGUUUCUUCUACCGUUUAUAAACUGCUCCAUAAACUUUCUUAACCGAGGACAAAUAAUCUGUGAUACUGGUGGGGGAAAAACAAAUAGGAAAUUGUGAAGGAAAACUCCAAGCCGAAAUGUGCAAGUGAACAAAAAAGAAAACUGUGCCGUUGCUAAAACAAAAAAAAAACAUUACAUAGUGUGGAUUGUAAAUAGGAACAAGUGCAAGAACAUAGGAAAGACGUAAGAAAUUCGCAAUACCGUGCGAAGCAUUUGGUGGACAACUUACCGAAAAGACCAUGUGUGUAAAACAAGUGAUAGAAUGAGAAUGAGCAAACCAGACCACAAAACAAACAGGGUAAUUUUGUUGUGUAUAUUCCUGCGAGUUUGUAAAGGGGUAAAGGGGUGUAAAGCGCAGCAUUGGAUAGGUGAAACGAUACGAAGAGCGAGGUAGCAAUGGAUUACUCCUUCCCACCCACAUUUCUGCCAUAGUUGGGAAGCAACCAGCACCUCUACCAAAAUGUCGUAAACAAAAAACGGUAUACAAUUGUACGUAAUACAAACACGGAUUUUGUAUAAAUCACAUACAGUUAGUUCUGAGGUGUCUUUUUACUUUUUUUAGCCUUUUUUAUACAUUAUACCGAACCACACAAGUAUCUGAAAAGAAAAACAAAACAAAAACGCCCAAAUACAAAGAGAAAAAUGUGCAAUGUGAAACCAUCAGUUUGCAAAAUGAGGAAGUGGGCGAAGUGAAACCGCUUAUAAAGUGGACAUAAAGCAUAAUAUCCAUAUACAUUUGCGCGAAAAAAAGCGAGCAAAAAUAUAACACUGUAUAAAACUGAA